CUCUCUUAAUUUCCUUAUCUCUUUCUUUCUCUUUCUCAUUGCCUUUAUUCUCUCUCUCUAUCUAUCUCCCUCUCUCUCUCUCUCUCUCUCUCUCUCUCGCUCGCUCGGACGUUGCGCGCAAGAAGGAAGAGCGCCGUUCGAGAGCGUGUAAGUCGAGGUUAUCACGGCAUGAUUAAAGCCCUAGAAGGCGAAGACGAUGCCGUGGUGGUGCCGUUAAAGCGAGCAAUGUCAACAGUGUCUGCCGGCGCGAGCUGCGAGAGACAAAAGCUGCAAACAAGAAGUAAACACGCCGUUUACAUGGCUUGUGCGCCACGCGGAACCAAUGCACAGCCGGGCGCUGGGUGCAGCCGAGACAGUUUGGCGGUUGCACCGCGGUUUGUUUUGGUUUGCUCAGGCUUCAGUGGAAGUGAAAACAUGGGCGCAGAUCAAUGAAGGAGACAAAAACAGCAGAACUGAGGUAGUGGCGUGAAGUGAGAUGGGGGACGACGACCUGCUGGCCUUCCGGCAGCAGUGGAAGAAGGAGCUGGAGAGGACGAAAGAGGUAAAGAAGCAGAGCAGUGACGGGCGGCCGGGCUUGUCCGGUGUUGAUGGAGGAGGAAGUGGCCGCAGCGGUGACGCUGGAGGGACGGGAGGCGAGGCCGCGGGCCUGGAAGCCGCGGAGGAGCCCCAGUAUGUGUCCAUCGCUGCAGGCUUGCUGGACGGCAGGAGCAGCCCCCUGCUGGAGAGAAUAGCGGAGGAGAGGACACGGAGGAAACGGCGCUGUGAAGGAGGAGGAGAGCAGAAGUGCUCUGGUCCCCGCCAGAGGAGAAGAAGCUCCCUGAUAGACCAGCUUAUUCAGGACUUGAACGAGACCAAUGACAUCCCUUUCUUUGAUGUGGAGUUGCCGUAUGAACUGGCUCUGAAGAUCUUCCAGUUCCUGAGCAAAGCAGAUCUGGGACGAUGUGCCCAGGUGAGUAAGUCUUGGAGGAUGUUGGCAGAGGACGAAGUUCUGUGGUACAGAUUGUGCCUGGAGGAGGGGUAUCAGAGCGGGGCAAGUGUUUCUGACUCCCCCUGCUGGAAAAGCACUCUCAGAGACUGCUAUAACACUGAAAAGACUGUGAAGUACAACUGGAAGAAUAGAGUUGGUUCAGUUAGCCACCUUCAGUAUGAACUGGGGAAAGUGUUGUGUGAUGUCAGCUCCUGUGAUGGACUCGUCAUUGCUGGGUAUACCUCAGGUGAUAUUCGACUAUGGGACACUCUCCACUGGGACUCAGGUGCUUUGAAAGCUGCCCACACCAUUAGAGAUGAUUUCCCACCACCUCAUGUCAGUUUUGUACGGGUUUGUGAGACAGUGGCCUCUGCUGUCUACGAAAAUGGGUGUGUUGAUGUGUGGAGCACUGAGGUUGGUCUGGAGCCCAUCCAUCACUAUCAGCACCUCCAGCGGGUCCAUGCCCUAGACCUGAGCAUUGAUGGACCAGUCUUGGCCACUGCAUCUGGGUUAGAGGUGCGAGUGGAUUCCCCUGAUGAUGGAGGUUACUGGAAAUCAAGGUGCAUCACCCAACUAUCGAAACCUGUGGAUGGGGUACUGGUGGUCCCAGGGAAGCGGGUGUUGCCGUUGGUUUUGGCAUGGGCUGGCGAGAGCGUUUCCAUGCUGGAUUCAAGUUGGAAUGAAGAUGAGGAGGAGCAGAAUGAAGGAGCCAGACUGCUCCACUAUGUAUAUGGCCAGCCAGUCACUUGCCUGGACGUCACUGCAUGCAGAGCUGCCCUGGGGGUGAAGAGCUGUGGCUGGGGCAUGAAUGACGGAGGGAACAAAGUGAAAGUGUACAGCCUGGAGACUCGUCAGCCGGAGCUGAGUUUGGGUAACUCACCAGGGGACUUUACCUGCAUCAACCUUAGAGAUGCUCCCCCACACCUGCUGGUGUGUGGGAACAAAGACAGGAGGGUGAGGGUGUUUGACCUGCGCACCGGCACCUCUGUGGUUUCCCUGUAUGCUCAUCACUUGGGUGUGACCACGGUGCAGGCAGAUGAUUGGAAGAUUGUGAGUGGUGGCGGCGAGGGAUUGGUCAGCGUGUGGGAAAUGAGGAUGGGGACGAAACUCUGGGAGAUGCACAACAGGCACCCUGUCCGCCACAUACGGUUUAACGCCAGCACCCUGGUGACAGCCAACAUCCCUGACGAGAAGAACCCACGCGGCGCCUGCAUCACAGACGACGACCUCACCGCACACCGCAGACACCGGGGGGUGAUCUGCUACUAUGAUUUCUCCAUGAACUCCUCCACGCAGGACCACGUUCUGCCCAUCUGCAGGUCCAACUACAGCGAGACGAGCGGCUACAACUACAACAUCGGCCUCGCCAUGCCUUAUGACACUCUCGCUGACCCUCGGAGCUCUGGGCUCUGACCCAUCUGUUCACGCACGCUGAGUCAGAGGCGAAAAGAGGAAACUUCUUUUCAUGUUAUCUUAAACAGAGGAAGCUGCUUUUGUUUAUCCCAGUGUAAGAGAAACUGCACCGUGAGUUCCAGCUAUUAGCACAUGAACAUACCUCUGCAGGCUUUCAGAGAUGUUGUAGUUGAUUGUCUUUUGCUUUUAACACGUUUUUUUCACGUGUAGUCUUUUUGUAUAUAGUUCUUUCUCUAGAUAUGAAGUCCUCAUCUCUAAAAGGAUUACGAUUAUGGUUAGUUAUUAACAGAAUUUUAUUGGUCGAACAUAUAAAUGUACAUAUUCAGUCAAUAUUACAAUAUUAUUCUUCCACUGAAGUGUCGAUUAUGCUCAGCCUUUUUUAGAUGGAAAAUCUGCUAAACUAAAGCCCUUGGUCUCCACAUGGAUAGCAGUGCUGUGGAGGUGUCCUACAGUUGAGUGUCUGGUAUCUAUUGCCAAACAUUAAAGUGAUUUGCAUAGCAAGAGAACAGCACUAGCUGUUGUGCUCGACUGUAACAGCAUUAGUUUUUAUAAUAGAGCUCACUGACUCAUUAACUUGGGUGGGGAACAUUUCGGUGACGGCUUUGAGGCUGGACAGAGUUCAUCUACACAGGCUGUGAUCAUUGACAUUUAGCAUAUUUAAAGGGGAUUUUUCAGAAUUUCAGUAUAAUGCAAUGGUUAGGGUGUAAACAAAGUCACUCGGCAAAGUCAGUGGCUUGUUGUGAAAUGUUCCGUUCUAGAGAAUUUUACUGAGUCAGAAUUGCUCACAGUAGUGGUGAUAGGAGCCAGACGUCAAAAUGUCCAAUGUCCAAUACCUCACUGAAUACUGAAUAUGGUUAUAAGAAACCGUUAAUAACGGGCUGCCCAAAGCCCGGGACAUUGUCUUAAUACAGUUUUGAGAUGACCGCGUAAUCAUGGAUCCCUAAAAAGUGUUAUCGGUAGUAUAUUAAAAUAGAUUUCAAAUGUAAGGUUAACAUUUUUUUACUAUUAGUGGUAUUUAAUUCAUAGAUGAUGCCUAAAGCCUGCAUCGCAAAGAGUCAUUGUGUAUCUUAAUUUAAUUUAGGGUAGUCUGCCAGUGGACAACGGUCUGAAAGAACAUGUGCUAGGAAAAGACAGAGCAGUUAGUGAAUCCAAAUAGGGCGAUUGAUGGGUUAGUGUACUACAUGUCAGUGUCUGACUUUUAACUCUCACUCUCGCUCUCAUCGUCUAAGCUGCUUUUCCUCAUGGGGUGCAGGGGGUUACUGGAGCCUAUCUCAGCGCUCAUUAGGCAGAAUUCAUCACCUUCACCCAGUGAUUUUCAACCAGUUCUGCUUCAAUGAUGGAGAAAUGGAUAUGCAGCAUAUUUGAGUUUGUGAUGAGCUCUCAAAAAACAAUCUGUUGAAAAUUGUGCAGCAACCCUGUAAUGGCAAAGAGGUACAUUCAGGGAGUUGUAAGACAAAAGGGUCCUGAAGAAAGAAUGUUGUUUUGAAUUAUUAAAUGCUUUGUUACCAUUAUGUUACCAUAAAGCUUGGAGGACGUGUAAGCUGUGCAGUCGCUUUAGAUUGUGAGUAAAAUAACUACAUUACAACGUCUGGUUCUGUCACCACCACCGACCUCACUGUGAAGAAAACUGAGUCUCUAACGUGAAACCACUCAAUCACUUUCUUCACAUCCCGGUGAUUGAAUGAUGCGUGAUUUUUGAAAAAUGAGUGAAAUUCCCCCUUAACUACUAAACCAGGGCUGCACAACUCCAGCCCUGGAGGAGGUUUCCUGACUCAUACACCCCCACAAAACCAGGUUAAUCACCUUACUGUGCUGGAUGGACCCUCCAGGACCAGUGUUGUACACUUCUGUUCUAAUAAAGCUAAUACACGCUAAUGCUGCUCACAAUGAAUGUAAGUAGCCACCAGUUAACCCUGUCAUUUUCAUUCACUUUGGUUAGGACCUUCAGCAUUAUUGGCCAGAGCCAUUACAGUCCUGUUUAGAUACAUUGGAAGCAAACCAUAAUACUGUUUGUAUAUACACAGUCAUAUGCAAAAGUAUAUGUUAAAUGCAACUAAACAGUAACUGCAUUAAAAUUUGCAAAAGUGUGCAACAGAUGUUCUGAUUAAAACUGAUAAACAACAAAA